AUGCUUGAUCUUUAUCUUAUAGCUCCUGAAGAUCCUCUACUUACAUUGCAAACAGCGGACGAUUCAUACACGAACUAUGACGAAUUUGCACCAUUCACCAACAACACACCUGGGUUAGACAAAUCAUAUUCUUACAAUCUUGGACAGCUAUUUCAUGCUUACUGGACUUGCGUGAACGGAUUCUAUGCCCUGACUGGCGGGUUGAUUAAUGCCACGUCUUACACUGACGACAAUACGAGUCUCGCUGGUCUAGCAAUGAACCAAACUAAAAACACGACAGAAAGAUUCAAGACAAGAGCUUGGUCCACUGUAGGGACCAAGAACACCGAAGAGAUUGUUAUUCAAGCGCAUAAAAGUUGGGCCACGGUGUUGGGAUAUGCGUCAUCCCUUUUGAUCCUCGCGAGCCUCAUUCCUGCGGUUUUUCGCACGUUCCUAACGAACGGUCCGGACAUCAUGAUGAACAUGUCGAGCCUUGUGAUGAGGGAUAAUUCUUACGUAGCACUACCACCUACUGGAUCGUUUCUCGAGGCUUCAGAACGGGCUCGUAUUCUCAAAGACGUCAAAAUACGAUUCGGAGACGCGAAGAGUACCUCUGAGGUGGGCAGGCUCGCAGUAGGCUCCAUCGGAGAUUCUGGAGGAUGGACGAUUAAACGUGUGAAAAGGCACCGACUGUGUGAAUAA